AUGAGGCCCCGCCCCCUACGGGGCUUCGCGGUGGCCCUGCUCUUGCUGUCUCUGGUUCCCUCGGCCCUGAGCUUCUCCCGCGGGGCGAGCCGCGCCUCGUGUUGGACGAUGGUUCCCGCCCACAUCGUCGCUCAGCCCCAGGAGCUGCACCGGGGCCACGUCGCCCUGCGCAGCUCCGCCUCUUCUUACCUACCUGGACAGUUCAUCACAGUGACGCUCCGCAGCUCUCGGGACUUCAUGGGCUUCCUGCUCCAGGCUCGCGGUGUGGCGGGUACCGGGUCCAGCUCUGCGGUGGCGGGCUCCUGGACCCUCACGCCGCCCGGCACUCGCACCCUGCGCUGCCUCUCGGCGCGCGACAGCCUCACGCACUCCGACAAACGGCUGAAGAGGAACCUGUCGUUCGUGUGGAGGGCCCCCGAUGCACCCACGGGCGACAUCCGGUUCUACAUCACAGUGGUCCAGUCUUACUUUGUCCACUGGGCAGGGAUCCAGUCUGCAGUGGUGCAUGAUGGGAGUCGUAGUCCUUGGACUGGGAGUAACGGCACGGCGGUGGAUGGAGGGAACUCGGCGAGAUCAGAAGAGGAAGCUCCCGCCCUGCCAGGUGAGCAGCUCGCACAGCGGCUCAGUUUACCAACCUUCACCUGUGUCCCGGACCUCUUCACCACCUCGUAUCCGCCAGUUCCAAAGCCCAACCCUUCCGUCCUCUGUUCGGACCCACACGGCUCCCCCCUUCAGCCGGGCCGGCCCUCGUCCCAACAACUCACCAAAGGUCAGAGGUCUCCAAUCCAGAACCGCAUUGCGUCAUCUCAUCCUCAAGCCAACCUCAAUCUCCCAACACCGAUUCUCCCAAACCCCGAACGACCUCCAGACCCCAACAACUUCCACCUAAAUCUUGGCGACGAGUUGAAACCGAAGCGUCCCAAACUCAAACUCCCCCCCUCCUCGCCCGGCGCUCCGGAGGAGGAGGGGCCGCGCCCCGCCGUGACCCCCGGGCGCCGCGCCUGGGAGCUGGGCACGCUGCUGCUGUGCUCGGCCGGCCUGGGCAUGGCGCUGGUGGUCGGGCUGCGGUCCGCGUGCCGCCAGGCCUGCGGCAGACAGACGCAGGUGACGCUGAACGCCCGGGAGGCGGAGCCCGGCCGAGGAGAGGGGGGGGCGCUCCGCCUCCAGGAGGGCGGAGACCUGGUCCGGGUCCGGAGGAUCAGAGAGAACAGCUUCGUGCUCCUGGCCGAGUACGACGUGCUGGCCGCCCCCGGAGACUGA